ACCUGAGUGACGUCAUGGGCGUCUCCGAGUUCUCAGAGCGCAGCUGCGGGUUUUGUUCUUCAGUUGUUGUUAACUCAGGUGAGCGUACCCUCACGCCUGAGUGCUAGGCUGGAUCGAAACUCUCCCGGUGGAAUUUGGAUCCACUGACCAUGUCCCGCUCUGGCUCUUCAUCUCUGCUCCUCCUGCUGCUCCUGCUGGCCGGAGGCGCCUCGGAGGAGUGCAGCGACCUUUUUCGCAGAGGGAAGGACAACUUCGUGCUGGACACGGCGGAGGCGGUGAAGAACGGCGCGGCCCCGCUGGCCUCGGAGCGCACCGCCUCCAUCCAGGAGUGCGAGGGGCUGUGCUGCGGAGAUGAGCGCUGCAACCUGGCGCUGCUGGUUCCCGCAGACCCCGCAGACGAGGACCAGAGUCCCGUCUGCGCCCUGUUCGACUGCGUCUACAGGAACAAGUUCGUGUGUGAUUUCACGACCCAGGAGGGGUACAAGAGCUCCAUACGCACCUCGGUGUACGAGAAAUACCUGCCAGGGCCAGAUAAAAUGGAUCCUCCCAUCGCCAAGUCCGGUGGGAAUAUCAUCACUCAGCCCGGGAGGCCCGUCCUGCUCAGUGGCAUUGCAAGCCUGGUGCUGCUUGAAGAUCACAUCAUCAAGUAUCAGUGGAGUUUUCAGGAAGGCAACAAUGACGUUGUGAUUGAGAAGACGGAUCAACCCGAUGAGUUGAAGCUCACCAAUUUAAAAGAAGGAAUCUACACCUUCCAGCUGACCAUCACUGACGCCCAUAGAAAAACAAGCAGCGGAAAUGUCAGCGUUCUUGUCAUUACGCCGGAAAUGUCAAAAAGUUACUGUUUGGCUCCAUUGAAGGUGGGUCCUUGUCGGGCGUCUUUCCCUCGUUGGCAAUAUAACGCUACUCUGGGCGUUUGUACAGAGUUUCAUUUUGGGGGUUGUAAUGCCAACGACAACAACUACUUGUCCAAUGACGAUUGCAUGUCUGCCUGCCAAGGUGUCCCAGAUACAAUGCAGAGAAUCAUUCUACCAUCAGAAGAUAUGAAUGACUGCAACAAAACAUUGGAUGGAGAACCCUGCGUCAAACUGAAUCGCACCUUCAACCGCCUUCUGAGAAUCAAUUUGAGUGAGAGGAGAAUCCAGUGCACAGAUGCGCCCCGCACGGGUCCCUGUCGGGCGAGCAUCCCCCGCUGGUACUACGACCCUCUGAAGCAGAUGUGCACCCAGUUCACCUUUGGCGGCUGCAGUGGAAAUGAUAAUAACUUUGACGACGAGUCGACCUGCAUGGAGACAUGUGACGGAGUUUCAGAAAAAGACUUGUAUUUUGACACAAUCUUUUCUGCACUCGAGGAAGAUGAAGAAGAUGGAAAAAAUUCAGGUUCUGCCGUACUGACUGUGGUUCUGAUUUUGGGCCUGAUUGCUGUGUUGGCUGGCCUCUCGUACUUAUACUUUAAAAAGCGCAGAAACCAAUCUAGUAGUCCGGUCUCUACAGACCCCGCCACAGAGGUUUUAUCCACUAAACCAAGCUGAAACGUCGCCAUCACUCAAGAGGAAAAUCUUUACCUCAGGGGCUGCAGUUACCAUGACAAUCUGCCUGACCAGGUUCUGCUGUUGUUAUUUUUGUAUGUGUGUUUGCGAGAGAGAAACUGGACUUUUUGAGCAUUUUGGUUUGUUUGUUUGUAAGUGUUAUUUUUUUUUUUCUUUUUUUUAUUGCAGUGAAACUUUAAACUGAACAAAGAUUAGGUUUGAGUCUAAAACCAAACUGCUGGAUUAGAAGCAGCUUUAUGCAUUGGUAAGGCUGGAUUGUAUUGUUUUAUGGUUGCUACACAACACUCCCGUCUGCCAUGUUUAAACAGCAGGUCUGUUCUGUUUAAAUUAACUUUGUUUUAUAUGUCACUUUAAAUUGGAUCUUGGUUUUUGAUUCAGCUCAAGGAUGAAAAAUCUUUUUAAUAAAUGUAUUUCAAUAAAUUCUGUUUGUAGACUUUUAAA